GCACCGCGCUACGGUCCUGGCGAGUCCCCCGAGGCGGCGGCGGGGCUGACGGUGGACCAGUAUGGGAUGCUCUACAAAGUGGCAGCACCGCCUGCCACCUUCUCCCCCACGGGCCUGCACCCCGUGGUGAACGUGAGCCCCCUGUCCCCCGCCUUCAACGUGACCUCGCCCAUCAUCCAGCACCCGGCGGUGCCCUUCCACUCCCUCCACUAUGCACAGAUCCCUUCGGCUUCCCUGCAGCUCAUCGGUUCCCACUACACAGUGCCCUAUGCCAUCCCUCCUGCCUUCCUGCCUAGUCCUCUCUUGUCUCCUUCCACCAACCUUACUGCCCCCCAUGUCCCUCACUUUGUGCCAUAUGCCUCCCUGUUCACAGAAGAAGCUGCUCCUUCCCCCCAGACUACCUCUCCCACCCACAGCUUCAACAAAUCCGCCUCUGCAGCCUCUUCUGGGCAGAUGCAGCACCACACUGCGCCUCAACCACUGGACAUGGCACCGGGGAGAAUUCCUGUUUAUUAUCAGAUGUCCCGCCUCCCACCAGGGUAUUCAGCCUAUGAGGCACCUGUAGCAGGUGGUAGCCCAGAGUCUCCUCAGCAAGACAGUCAGCUGAGCUCAGAGGUGGCUGCGGCCAAUGGUGGGCAGAGGCCCCUGGAGCAAAGUGUGGCCAGGAGGCCCAGCGAGGCUGUGGACUCUGCCUGCAGUGCAGCUGAGGACUGUCUGCCCCGCGGGGCUGCAGCAGGAUGUAUGGGCGAUGGACAGUUCCUUCCAGGUUACCAGAUGCUGGGAAGAGAGAUCUCUGUGCCUACUCACAGGAACACCCCAGACACUGAUCUGGAGGUUCAGAGGGUGGUGGGGGUGUUGGCAUCUCAGGAUUAUCAUGUUCUGGCAGCCCAGAGGAAAGAUGGCCCAAGCCCUUUGAACCUUUGCCAUAAAAUCCAGGGAGACAUGCUGAGGAACACCACAGACAGGGCUGCAGCUGGGAACAGCCAGUCCCGGAGCCCAUGUGGAAUGUCCCCCGAAGAGACUGUGAGACAGAGACAGUUAGCCAAAGGAAUGGUGAUAGCCAAUGGAAAGCCAGUACUUGUUCCCAUUGGAUCUGAGCCUGUCAGGUCUUCCACUUCAGAAGCCCUGGUGAGGGAGAGCCCAGAUGCACAGGCUCGAGGAAAUGUACUUGAAAAGGAGCUGCCCCAGUUGCAGCCACCCAGCUCCUCACAACUGCCCUCUCACUUCAUGAAAGGAGCCAUCAUCCAGCUGGCAACAGGAGAGCUGAAGCGGGUGGAGGACCUGCAGACUCAAGACUUUGUUCGCAGUGCGGAGGUGAGUGGAGGCCUGAAGAUUGACUCCAGCACUGUGGUGGAUAUUCAGGAAAGCCAGUGGCCUGGGCUUGUCACACUGCAUUUUGUGGUUGGGGAGCAGCAAAGUAAAGUGAGCAUUGAUGUGCCCCCGGAGCAUCCCUUCUUUGUGUAUGGCCAGGGCUGGUCCUCCUGCAGCCCCAGGAGGACUGCUCAGCUCUUUGCUUUGCCCUGUCACAGGCUGCAAGUGGGGGAUGUCUGCAUAUCAAUCAGUUUACAGAGCAUGAAUGGCAACUCGGCUUUUCAGGCCAACUCCCCUCUCACGGAUCAGCUGGUAUCUGCUAGGGAGAGAUUGGAACAAACACCUCAGGGGCCCAGAGAGCCAUCUGACAGAGCUGCUGAAAAGAAGAGCCACACAGAAACAACCAGUAUGGCCCAGAGCUCUCAUGCAGAAUCUUCUCACCCUGAGGCUGGCAGUCUGUACAGUUUGGCCCCAGGCUUCCAAAGAUACAGUGUGCAGGCAGAGGAGCCUCGUUCCCCUCUGCUCCGUCCCUCUUUCAUUCCCCAGGAAGUCAAGCUGUCUAUUGAAGGGCGUUCAAAUGCAGGGAAAUGAUCCCUUGGAGGUGUGAGGUAGGGUGGCCAGAGCAGGUGAGCCUCACCAUCAGGUGGAGGAAUUGCACAGACUCUGUUAUAGGCUCACCAGCAAAGGCUGCUCUUGGCCUUGCAGGAGUUGCUCCAUUCCAGUUCCAUGGCUGACCAGUUCCUCCUGGGGAGUCAGGAGGGCUCCAGUGCCUCAGGGAGCAGUGACAGGCUAGCUGGGGUGGGGAACAGGGAUGCGCUCAUGAGUGUGUGAUGAGAGCACUCCAGAGGCUGGAGGCUGGGGCCUUCUCCCACCUCCUGGGAUAACUGACUCCCUGCAGGGCAGGGGCCGAGCAUUCGAGGCAGGUAGGGAGAUGAGGAGGGCAAACUUGGCUUAAGGUAGCAGAUAAAAUUGGUGAAGAUUUUAUGCCACCUUUCUCAUGAUGGGGAGAGAUGGCUCCUCACUGGAGUUUGGGGGCUCUACUCCCAGUAUCCCCAUUCUUCACACAUGCACUUUAAAAGGACCAUUCACCGAUGGAGCUCUCAAGGGCAGGAUGGAGGUGCUUCUCUGGUGGUUCUGAUUAACAUCUCUUCCACUGAAUCCAACUGCUCUUUUUUCUUUCAAAGAAUGUAUGGAUUUGAUUGAAUCACAGAAAUUCAAGAGGAAGGACCAAAUGUAUGGGCUUGGUUGCAGGUGAAUAGGGAACUUGAGCACUUGAGAGGGGACACAGGUUGGGAUGGGAGACAUUUGUUUCCUGCUAUAAAGUCUACUUAUUUGUUUUGCCACCAAAUCAAAUCUUUCUUCCCAUGUUAAUAACUUUCAAAAAAACCCUCCUGGGCUUAUAGCUUUUGCAGAGGCUUAACCUAGGGAUGAAUAGGGUUGGAUAUGUUUUGUUUGGUUGAAUUUUGGUUUUGGGUAUUUUAUUGGUUCAGGGUUUUUUAAAAUCUGAAGCAAAAUACAUUCAGCAUUCUCUAGGGAAGGGUGAAAACAUCCUUCUUCUGUGAGAAGACUGAUGCUAUUUUGUAAUUAAGUCAGAAAAAUGUUCCAGAUGGCUAAUCCUUCCCUGCAGGCAGUUUCCUGAAUAAGCUUUAGACAAGAGACAAGUGUUUGUGCAUGUGCAGGCAAGGUACAAAGUUUGUGCUAAGUACAAUUCUAUGACUAAUGUAUGGACUCUAAAAAUAUCAUAGCAUCACAGGGCAUUUUGGGGUAAUUUUGUGUUAGUUUUUCUGAUGCUUCUCUUUGGAGUUCCUCUGUAGAACAAUGUGGUAAAAUCAAGAGUAGUCUUUUUCAUGCUGAGAUUUAAUACAAUUGUGUAUGAAGACCUGAUUAUGGUGAUAACACUCUAUUGAAUGAAGGCUCCUGUAGUUACAUUAAUCUGCCCUCUCUGCUGGUGUGUUAUGACACCAUUGCUCAGCUAGGAUAAAGAAUAGUCACUGUUCUGUUGAGAAAAGAGUUUUCGCUGACUUAACUUGGCUUGAGUAUUCCUUCUAUUCAGGUGCCCAUCUCUAUGCUAGGACCAGGCUUUGGAGGGGGCCUUUCUUAGUGUGCAGAGCCCUGAUGUUCAGCAUGCCAUUCCUGUCUCCCUGCUCUCAUCUGCCUGAAAUUUGUCAAGUGUGCCUGACUUUUGGGGCACCAUUCCUCUCUGUCACAGAAUGGUGUGUGUCAGCACCUCUCCUUGCAGUGGUACUGUCUCGGGGCUGUUCUGCACUCCCUAGGAGUGUGGUUGGCUUCUGCUUACUGUGCAGUGGACACAUUCUCUGUCUGUAUUAGGCAAGUCAGUCUCCAGAAUGCCCCUUCCAUCCUGGCCUCAGUCCUGUUUUCCUAGCACAUUGCUACCCAUUUCUGUUGCCUUUAAAAUGCCUGCACCAGCACAGGCCCUAGGUGAGAUGUGUGCUAAUCAUGCCCUCAGUGUUUGUGCCUCACAGGGUUCUCCAGAAUGAGGAUGUUGCCCCCAUAUCACGUGUAGCUGCUUCCAAAUGACACACUUCUGGUUUCAUCAGCUGCAUUUGGGAUGUGUGAAGUCACAGUGAUGCUGUUGUGUGAAGAUUUUGCCUCCUCAGGGUGCAGCGUUAGGGUUAGGGUUACAGAUGUAACUGUAGGGUAAUUAGGGUUAGGGUUACAGAUGUGGGAACAGAUGUUUUCACAGCUCUGUUUGUCAGUGAAGUGUCCACCUGGGCCCCUUUGUCACCUGGUGCUGUCACAGCUCCUGCUGACUGGACUCUCCUACAUAAAACUCUCCAUUAAUGUUGGUAAUUAGUACUUAAUGCACAGGAUAGCUGAGGUGUCUGUGGCCAGAGGCAGAGGAGCCCAGGUUCUCAUGCCUGUUCUAUGCAUGGUGCAUGCAGAGGAAUUCAGGGCUGUGACAGGCACUUGAGAAAGGGAUCUCGUAUGCAUACAGCAUAUGAAUGUAGAGGGGCUGGUUACACCAUAAAGGCAAUGUCUGAGCAACUGAGGGUGCAGAGUCCCUUGAGUGUCUCUGAACACCAAUGUCUGUCUUAGAGGGUUUGGAGAGCUUGCCUUAUGCCGUGUGUGUUACUGUAACUCCUCAAUCUCAGCUGCACUGUACAGUGGUCAGAAUGGGCACUACUGACAAAUGAGGCAAGAUGCAGUGUGGCUUAAAUAACUUUGUACUGUAGGCAGGUGAAGGGCUGUGAAGGUGCUCGCCCUGUUGUUUACCUGGCUGCUGACCUGGACUUUGGCUUGCUGCACCUCUGUUGGGUGCAGUCCUGAGCUCUGUGGAACAGGCCAGUGUGAACUGGACCUUGGUGCUUUUACCCAGACUCCUGUCAGUCCUGCUGUUGUGUACGUUUCAGCUGCUUGCUCGUCCCUGGAAGCAGUGCUUUGAAGCACAGCCCAUGACAAGGGACUGAGAUGGAGAAUCUGUGUGUCUGGCUGUUUGCCCCAAAAGGGUGGGCAGGCAAGGGCCACAAGCAACUCUCCAGCCCAGCUCAGCAGUACUGGUAUCACAGGAACCUGUCCUUACUGGGCAGGGCUGUAUGCCUUAGCACCAUAGUGGUGGUUGUAUUGAUCACUGAGGCUCUCCUGGGAUGGGGCAUGUGUGAGGCUGUGCUGCAGGGAGUAAGGCUGUGAAUGAGCCCAUGGAGGAGGCUUUUUUUUCUUGGGUUUAUAGGGAAAGGAGGAGAUAAAGCCAGAAAGACAUUGCAGAGUGGAACGGUCACCUGGGCUUUUCUGCUGGCGGAGAUGUGACAGACUUCUCCGAGAAAUACACCAUGUUCCUGCUGCUGUUGUGGAUGGUAGGAGAGCUGUGGUCUGUCCUGCCUGGAGGAGGCCCUAAUCUUAUCCAGCUCACACUGUAGCAGGAGCCCAUGGGAUGAAAUAAUAGGGUCUGUAGCUGUUUGUCCCAUCUCAUGGAACAUGCCUUGUGGUAGCUGCACAGUGGAGCCAAGCCUGUCUCUGGGCUGUGCAUUCACAGCAACGAGCGCUCAUCACUACCAGACUAUGCAGAGGAAGCUGUCUGGAAGGGAAGGAAGCUACAGAGGCCCCUCUGGCUUCCCCUUCCAGCUGCUGAGCAGCUUUUUAUAUUGCACUUUUCACAUUAAGUGUCCCUGUCCCCACCCCACACUUCAAGUCACUUUGUCCCAUAGAGAACUAACAAUCCUUGUCUCAGAAAAUAUUGUGAAAGAAACUACAGCAGCUGGAGUAGCCCAAAUGCUAGUUCCUGCCCACAGCAGCACACGUGCCUUUCCCCAGCAUCACUCGCAACUGCUCCUUGUCUUUCGAGCUGUGCUAGAGCCUGACACUUGUCAGAAGCUGCUAAGACAGCUACAAAUAUACAUUCAAUAUAGUUUGGCCCAGGGUGUUCCACAUAUAGUUUAAAAUGCUGAUGGUCCAGGCCCUUCCACGGCCUUCACACCUGUCCAUCAAGGACAGAAUUGCCCCCUAAGGUCCUUCAGGCUGCUGCCACCCACCCUGCCAACACACCCCUGGCACAUUCAAGUUGUUCUUGGCUUUCAUGGCACCUUAGCACCGGGGAGGGUCUGCUCAGAGAGAGAGAGACACGGGGGAGCUGGCUGGGCUGCCCUGAGGCAGAGAGAUGUUUGUAGAUAAAAGUGCUGACCCCUCACUAUAAUCCCCAGUAUAUGGCUGUAUUAACAUGUAACCGAUGCAGUGUAUCUAAAGCCUUAGAACUAGUCAGGUGCUCCCCUCCAACUUUGUCCCUGCCCCUUUCCUCCUACCUGAUCUUUAACAAAGCAUUAAUAAUUCUAAGGAUAAUCUCUAUUUUGUUGUGCUUUUUUUGUAACUGUUUUAAAUAAAUCAAUUUGUACUGUAUAUUUGUACUUUGGUGAGAUCCUUUUUCCUGUUUUACCAUUUUAAGUCUGUACUUGCCUACAAACAGAUUGUAUUUUUAUUGUUAAUGCUUUUAUGAAUAUUGCAUUUAACUUGUUGACUCUGUAAACACAGUAUAUAUCUAUAUACAUAUAUAUAUAUAUCUAUAUAUAAACCAAUAGCUUUUCCUUUGGUGUUUGAGACUUUUUGCUUGUCUGCAGUAUCACUGGUCAUUAGCUUGUGACUUCUCUGGAUUUACACAGUGAUCUGGAGACUCAUGUCAAGGGCAAGAUACAGGGUGAAAGAUUGAUUAUUAGCCAUAAUUCUGUGUUUUCAGAUACUUUUGUGUUAUGUGGUCUCUCCUGAACCCCUUAGAAUAAAGAUAAGGUGUCAGUGAUGGUACAGGGAAAGUUUCAGCUGCAUGUUGCAGAGUAAAGGUACAUUUCUGCUGGGCAAGCAAAACAUGAGGCAGAGAAAAAGCAGAUACUGCCAGAAGCAAACUGGGAAUUUUAGUAUGAAAAUGAACAGAAGUAAGGAUAAAAAUGAGAGAUCACAGAACAAAAGGGGGACAUGAACAAAGCAACAUGGAACUGAACAGCUCCUUUACAGUGCCUUUUCCCAAGGAGAGAGAAGCAGAGAUGGCUCCUGGGUUCAGUCCUACAUGAUGAAUGAACGUCAUGUUCAAACAGCUUCUGUACAGGGAAGAAACUAAAUGUUGCAGUGGCAGGUGGAGAAAACUUGCACUGAAAAGAUUCAAUGCUGUUUCCUAGCAGCAUCCCCAGGGCUGGCUAUAAGAGUAGUUCAUUGCCAGAAAAAUGCAACAUUAUGCAUUUUGAAGGUUAACUUUUAAUUAGGGCUUUAAGGGACUGCAAUCAACCAUUUUUCAAACUGAAAAAUUAGUAGGAAAUGAGGGUUUUAAGUAAUCUGAUCAAAAGAUUUUGCUUCUUGUUUUAACUUUACUCUUCUGAUCUCAAGUAUCGGUCUUGUGACCACCAUUUCUAACUUAAAGAAGAGAAACAGCCAUCAGAGAGAAGACAGUACUUCCCAAGGUGUUUAAACCGUGUAUGACUCUAACUGGAAAUUCUAUGGAGGUAAUAGGGGUUUUCAGGCUACAAAACACAGAAGUGUGGCACACUGCCUUUUGGUGGGCUGGUAUCUAAAAACCACAAAGCUACAUCAAGCAUUUUCAAGUGCUGAUUCUUAAAGAAGCCGAAUAGUGGAGAGUGUACCACUUCUUUGCCCUGCCAUGAGUCCCUCUGUGCCACUGCUUUUCCUUUUGCAGUUUAAAGAUGCCUAGAUAUAAUUUCCAUAGUUGCAUAGUUUUAACAGUGAUUUCUAUUAGUGAUGGGGACCUUUUCUUGUAGGCACAGGCUAUGAUCGCAUUUUGCCUCCAGUAUAUCUGUGUUGCUCUUGCACUGGGGACUCCAGCACUGGACACAGGUCUCUAGAUGUGGCCUCACCACUGCUGAAUAAAGGCAAAAGCAAACCCAUAGAGUCCUAGACACUGACCUUCUCUAUUACCAUUCAAUCAACUGUUUCACUUGGAAACAUGAAAUGUUGUUUAAGUGAAAAUUAACUUGUGAGUAAAGCGGCAAACUUGUUUGCUAUUUGUUUACCUUGGCCAGUCUUUCACUGUUUUUUUGGGUUUUUUUCUAAAAAUAGGACCUCAGGUUCCUUAGUUUUUCCAUGGAUGCUACUGCAACUAAGUAUGUAAUAAUGAUGUUUAAAAAAAGGGUGUGCACAGUAAUUUCCAGAAGGACAUCCUCCUUUGUUUCCUUUUUAUGGGCACAAACGGGAAAUUAUUUACUCCUGGAGGACUUGUGGCCUAUCUGUCUUCAGCUCUGUAACUCAUGCUGCAGUAAGCAAGAUCCUUUUUUCUUGAGGUGGGUUUCACCUACAGCGUAACUGCAGCAGUCUAGACACAUUCACGGGGCAAGGGCCCAAAAACAGGACAAAGCACAAAAGGUAAGGAAGGGGACUAAUACAUGUGAACAUGAAUUAAUGUCAAUUAAUACGUUAAUUUAUUUUCGUUCUGUCACAGGCUGUGACUUGGCCCCCAGAGCAGACUGUAUCCUCAGAAUCUGCUCCCACCAAAGCUGCUUUGGCAGGUAUCUCUCAGCUCUGUUCUCCUGGGUUGAGAGGAAAA